AUGGAGCGCGAUUUCUUCGGAGAUCUACCGUCAGAAAUCAUCACCAACAUCCUCUCACGUCUGCCCAUCCGAAGCCUCGUAAUCAGCAAGUCCGUUUGCAAACCAUGGCUCAAUCUAAUCGAUUCCGACGAUUUCCACAAAUCCGAAAUCAAAACCCCUCCCGCCCUUGUCCUCUUGGCAGAGAAGACGAUGGAUUCAACUUGGUGCGCGAUUUUCGAAAUUGAAGACGAAGACGAGAAGAGCCAUGAUUUUCUCGACAUUCCGCUCAUGAAUUUGAAAAUCCUUCACGGAAACAGAGCAUCAAUGGGAGGUAUCACUGCUAAUGGAUUGCUUCUUCUCUACCCAGUAUCACCUACAGGUAUGCCUGUUUACAUAUGCAAUUUGAUAACCCGUGAAUAUACGGAGCUCUGCUCCCCUGCGGACUACAUCCCGAGUCAUUCGUUGAUGUUUGGAUUCGGUGUGAGCAAAAUAAGUGGGCAAUAUAAGGUCGUCUGCAUCAAUGAAGGCACCGACUCUCAUUAUGUAUACACCCUCGGAAAAGGUACAUGGAGGCGAGUUGAAGCCGACGCUGCUUCUGGUUUCGUAUUUCAUGAUCCAAGCAUUGAAUGUAAUGGAAACCUCCAUUGGAGAGUAUCUGAUUUGUGUGGUGACAUGCGGAUUUGUGGUUUUGAUGUUGAAACAGAAUGUUUUAGAAUCUUCUCCAUUCCUCCCAUGGGAGAUGGAUAUCGAGAUUGGUAUUUGUGUGUUUUAAGGGACUGCCUCUGUUAUUGUUAUCCACACGAAAAUGAAAUUGUCAUCUGGAUGAUGAAGGAAUACCAAGUCGAGGAUUCUUGGAAGAUAGAGUACAAGUUGAGCACUACUUUUACUUCUGAUUUUGAUUUGGAUCAUCUGUAUGUUCAUCUGAUUAAACAUUUUAAAGAUGGUGAUAUUUUGAUGAUGCUGGACGAAUAUGAUCUCAUCUACUACUCCAACAAGACAAGAACUUUUCAACAAGUCGGUAUGUUUAGGGAUGGAUCUGCUGGUCUCCUUAGCGCCAUGAUUUUCACUCCUAGCCUUUUCUCACUCAAGAAUUUCGGAUUCGAGAAUGUGAUCUCGUUUUAG